AAUUACGUCAUUGACCCGGAAGUGUUGUCCCGGCUGUGCUGUUUACCCCUGACCCACAAUCCCUUUCUCCUUCCUUUUCGACAUCGUCCCUAGGAGAGUGAGUACGUGUUUCCCAGGCCCUCCGUCACCAUCGCUCUCCAUCCUCGCUCUCUCUCACUGUCAGCCCAGCCGGUGCUGCCGGCAGCAAUGCAGGGGAGGCCGGCCAUGCCACCGCGGCCUGUAUUGACGGGUUAUGGCCGGGCUGCAGAGCCCAUUUGGCGAUGUUUAUCCGGGACACCGGAAACCUGAUCUCCCCAGGCCACAGCCAUGGUGCUGCCGGCUCCCGGGUGCAGUGAUAGGCAUUGGAUCCGUGUCCGGCAGAGAGUGUAUACCGGUAGCUUAGCUGCCUCUCACAGUAAUGUGCUGCCGUAAAAACAAUAAAGUUUGUAUUUCCGCCUAAGAUUUUAUUUAAAGCAUUAGAAAUUACUAAAACUCUCAUUUUGCUGGGGAGGGUGUGAUUGUAUUAGGCAUUGUGUUUAUGUGUAAGUGUAUUUAUCCCUGCUGUCAUUGGUGUGAUUACAGAGAUGGCCCCAGCAAAGAAGGGUGGUGAGAAGAAGAAAGGCCGUUCUGCCAUCAAUGAGGUGGUAACCAGGGAAUACACCAUUAAUAUUCACAAGAGAAUCCAUGGAAUGUGAGUGUCAAUCCUAUCAUCUUGUUGUGUUUUUUUUGUGUGUGUGUGUGUUACCAACAUACUCUCCUGCAUGCUACUGCCUUAUUACCUCUUAGUGCUAUGUUCAGCCUCCCCUGUCUCAGAAAUGUCUGGAGUUGACAAGUCCAUCUUGACUCCCAUAUCUUCUCACGCUGUCCUUUGCAUUAUUAUGUAUUGUUUGUACACUUAUUUUACGUAUUAUUUUUCCACUUUCCUUAAAAGGCACUAUUUAUAAAAAAAAAAAAAAAAACUAUUUCUAGAGCCGGUUAGCACGAAAUUAGAAACAUGUUUGUCCAACACUACCUGAAAAUAUUAAAAUGGCUAACCGUAUUCAAAUGUUUAACAGAUGCUGUGCCCUCUCCAUUAUUUGAAAAUCUUAUAUCACAGUGUGUGGAACCGGUAGACUAUCUCAGAACCAUACUCAUAACAUAUGGAUUUAAGCUAUUUAUAACUAUAUGGUGUUUAUGGAAAUAUACCACAAUUAAAAGAAGCAUGUUUUGUUUUGUUUUUUCUCCUGCACUCUUUUAAAAUAUCCUUCCUAUUUUAUAAUGUAUGUUACUCGGUUUUCUUUCCUAAUUCUACAAAAAAAACUAAAGGUUAUUACUAGUUUAAAAAAAUUCUAGCUGAAAAAUAAAACUACUGUAUUCAUCAUUAAGGUGAUAGUGUAGAUAUUUAAAGAUGUUAAAGGUCCCUGUCAUGCAUUACAAGAGUUCCAGUUCAAUCUGCAAAUAAGCACUGUGCAAGACAAAUUUGAUUUGGAGAAUAAACUUCUCACGAACCCUGUCUAAUUUUUACUUGAACGAUUUGUUUUCCAGUUAGAUUAGAAUGGAUGCUAGGUACAGCUUAGAGAUGCAUAAAACAUUUUAGUUUCUACUCUCAAAUUGGGUGGGUAAUGGAUAAUUUUCCUAACUGCAAGUCUACCUGUUUAGAUAUUUGGACAAAGUGAUUUGGGUUUAAUUAUUUGUAGAAUAAAACAGGAUACUUUAAAGUGGAGCUAACAUGAGAUUUGUGCUCUACCGAAUUUGGUUGCAGCAUUGGCAAUUAAUAAAAUAAAGGAGGGGGAUCUCUAGCUAGCUAAUUAUUUUGUUUAAGGUACAGGCCUUUCCAGCCAUAGGAUGUUAGUUUAAUCCCUGCAGUCCUGUAUGGACAGCACUGUUAAAAGAAUUCAAGAACAUGCAUGUACUUGGACAGCAUUUCUCUGUAGAUGUAUGAGACAACAUAGGACUGUGAAGUUGUCCACUAUACAGAAGUGCGGCAAAGAUUUUGCUAGAUUUUAUGCAUAUUGGUGUAGUCCAUAAUGUUUGUGCCAUAUUUAGGAGACCCCAGAUUCAUUGAUCUAUCUCUUUAACCGAUUGUCCACAUUCAAAGUUUAACAUAAGUGCUUAUUUCUCACAAGCUAAUUAUUUUGGUUAAUUUACUUUUGCUUUAUCUAAUACAAAAAUAUGUCAAGACUACUACUGUUGGAAACCUUAUUUUUAUUUUAAUGGUUUUUCUUUCUCUUUUCUUUCAGUGGUUUCAAGAAACGUGCACCAAGGGCUCUGAAGGAGAUACGCAAAUUUGCUGUGAAGGAGAUGCGUACUCCUGAUGUGCGUAUUGACACAAGGCUAAACAAAGCUGUCUGGGCCAAAGGCAUUAGGUAAGUUUCAAGAUUGUGAUCUAUCUAUAUAUGGCGUUAGAUUGCUUUACAUAGACUGUAUUUACUGAGUAGAUGACGUGAAAAAUUUGUUAAUGUGUAGACUGAAAUAUAGUACAAAUGUAUUCAUUUUGUGUUUAUUUCUAGAAAUGUUCCAUAUCGUAUCCGUGUGCGUUUGUCCAGAAAACGUAACGAAGAUGAAGAUUCUCCUAACAAGCUAUACACAUUGGUCACAUAUGUGCCAGUCACAACUUACAAAGGUAAGGCCUUUUCUUAAAGUGGCACUGCUAUUUCUCCCUCCUGCAAAACUAGUAUUUUCCUAAAAAGAAAAUCUUUAUGAAAAAUUUCUAUUGACUGUGUUAGGAUUUCACUGAAAUUCCAACCUAGAAAAAAUAGGUGCUAUUUUGUCUCCGUAUUUUUCCGAUAUUUGACAGAGCUACUGCCACCUAGAAUUCUCAAUCCCACAGCAGCCACCAGUGACUGAAGCAGGAAAGUAGCUCCAUCUAUAGAGGAUCCCGCGGUAUCAUGGUGUCCUCUAUAGCAGGAUUGCCCAAAAGGUAGAUCCCCAGAUAUUGUAGAACUACAGCUUCCGUGAAGCUUUGUCAUUCUAAAUGCAUUCAAAGCCUCAUGGGAGUUGUAGUUCUAAAACAUCUGGGGAUCUACCUUUUGGGCACACCGGCUCGAUAGACUGCAAUGGUGUACUCUUGCGCACCGGAAGAAGAUUGUGGUGCACAUGAGUUACAGGUUUAGACAUGUUAAAUUUGCCUUUGCCUGGUGUGGUGUGAGUAUUUUUGUAUGAUAGAACAUUUUAUCACCACAGAUCAGGAUCUUGUAGGAAUGUUUCUCAGCUAAGUUAGGACUUUCUUUCGUUUGGCUGAAAUGUGUAUUGUGUGUGUUUUUUUUUUUUUGUUUUUUUUUAUUUUUAUUUAUAAACCCUUCUGGGUACACUCACACCCUGAAGGAGCACCCGAUAAAGUAUCUUGCUAAAAUCAACCAGAAUAUCUGUAUACUUUUUUGUUUGUUUGUUUGUUUGUUGUGGGGGGUGGUUACUGGUCAAGAAAAUGUUAGACUUCGUGUCAAGGUAUUGUGGUUUUUGUCUUUCCAUGGCUUUCUAUUGUUGGCUAUACUGAACCAUCUAUUCUUUAGUGGUAAUAACUCUGUAGUAUGGGAAAGGUAUUUACCUUUCAAGAUAUUAUUUUAUCUACUGUCGCGGAAUUCAUAUGCUCUUAAAUAUAAAGCAUAUAUGCUGCCCAUUGGUGGAUCUUUUAACAUUGUAGUGGCUUAACCACCAGCAGAUUACUUUGCGAUCACUGCUGCACACCCAUGGUGACAUUUUCAUUUUAUUUUUUAAAUCUGCACUCUUGGCAGCAUAACCACUACAGCUCAUUGAAAAGGCAGUGUUUACUCCUCAGAUGGCCACUGGAGGUACUUCCUGGCUCAAUGCUGCACAGUAGGCAGCUCUGCUGUUCAGCAUCCCCACGCUCUGCAUGCGAUCCUUAAAGACUGUUUUGUCUGAUGUAUCUGAUACGUCCUUGGUCAGGAAGUGGGGGCAAGCCACCUUAAUGGUGUGUUUUGCACUGUAGGGUCAGGAAUACAUGUUUGUGUUCCUGACCCUAUAGUGUUCCUUUAACAUGUGGUAGUGGAAAGCGUGAAAAAUGUGUCCCUUUUAUUAAUUUAAAAUUGUUAUGAAAUAAAAAAAUUCUUACGUCUGAAUGACAGUGCUGCUUUAAAAUGAUUCUCCAGUGCAAGGAUGGUUUCCUAUGGGGAUUCCGGCGACGCUGGAGGUCCUCGUGCAUAGCAUGAGGACGUCCAGCAUCAUUUAGACUGACGGAAAUCCCUGUAGUUGCUCUCUGGUAGACAGCCACUAGAGGAGGACUUAACCCUGCAAGGUAAUUAUUGCAGUGUAUAAAAACUGCAGUAAUUACAAUUGCAGUGUUGUUGCCAUGGGAGUUGGCACCCAGGCCACUUCAAUGAGCUGAAGUGGUCUGGGUGCCCAGUGUCCCUUCAAGAAGUGAAAGUGGAACACCUCUGUAUCUUGGAAAUCUAGAUGUAUUUGUGCUCUGUUUUUAUUAACAAGGUUAUCAGUGUGAAUCGUCAGAAAUUCAAAGUGAAUUUCAAAACUUAAAGGACCACUAUAGUGCCCUGAGGGUGCCCCGACCCUCAGGGUCCCCCUCCCGCCUGGCUCUGGAAGGGGAAAAGGGGUUAAAACUUACCUUUUUCCAGCGCUGGGCGGGGAGCUCUCUGCCUCCGAUCCUCCUCCGUUUCUCCCCGUCGGCUGAAUGCGCACGCGUGGCAGCCGGUCGCAUAGAAAAGCAUUAUCAAUGCUUUCCUAUGUACGCUUGCGUGCUCUCACUGUGAUUUUUCACAGUGAGAAUCACGCAAGCGCCUCUAGUGGCUGUCAAUGAGACAGCCGCUAGAGGCUUUGGGGGAAGGCUUAGCUGGACCUGGCACCCAGACCACUUCAUUAAGCUGAAGUGGUCCUUUAACUCAAAAUACCAACAUGAAAAUAAAGCUAAUUUCAGUUUGAAUUCACUUUUAAGUCACACUUUAGUGUAUAACCUAUUGGUGUCUGUUUACAUUACGAGGAGAUCGGAGUUGUUAGUAAAGCAUAAGGCAUGUUUGCAAGAAGUUUUUUUUGGAUGUUGGUAUGACUGCUGUCAGUGUAUUGAGCGGUCUCACCCGUUAAGUUUGAAUGUAACUGUGGCUAAGCUAUAUAUCGCAAACACUGGCUAUGCAUGUUUUAAAUUCAUGGUCAUUUAUUACCCUGCAGUUGUUGUUUUUUACUGGAUUUUGUGUGUAAUGAAGUUUCCCAACAAAUUCUCAAUCCUUUCUACAUUAUUUUUACAUUAUUAUUUUUGUGUUGACACUCCCUCAGCUCAAUCUUCUGUCAGAUGGGGAGAAAGAUCAGGGAGCACGAGGUGGUUUGUGUUCUGGUGUUAGAUGCCAGUUUUGCAUAGAAUUCACACCCAUCUGGAAUUUUAGUUGCAGGCUGGCUAAUGAUGUCCCUAUAAUGCUGCUAGAGGUGGCGUUACACUAUUAGUGCAGCGUUUCAAAGAGAAUUUAGGCACAUACAGAUGCAAAGGGCCAUGACCACUUUAAAUCAAUUAAGUAAUGAAGUGGGCAUGGUGCUUGGAAUAACCCUUCAAAGGAAUACAGUAAUCAGAAGUCAGUUUUCUAGCUUUCAUGCUUACCAUUUCUGACUGUCAUCUUUAUGCACCUGUGCUCAGAUUGUCAACUGUUUGACUUGUGUUCACUAUUUUGUAACUGUUCAUUUCUUUUUGUAAUAGCCUGGGAGAAAAUUCUCCAGGCAGAAUUAGUGCUUAAUUAUACCAUACACAGGAUAAUUUCAGAAUAGUGAGCAUUGGGUCAAUCUGUCCUAAUGUGCAUAAAGAUAGCUGUCCAAAAAGGGAAAGGUGGAAAGAUAGGCCAUGAACUUCUAAUAUCUUAGAGCUAUAUGAAUUUAAAUGAAAUUAUUUAUUAUAACUAAGAUUAAAUGUGAAAGGCUUUGUUACCUUUUUAAGGAAGGUUCUAUUUCCGUUGACUAGCUAAUUUACCCACAAUCAAUCAGUAAAAGAAUACCAGUGAAAGGCAAACUACAGACAUUCAGGGACAGAGGAGAACAAAUUUUGAUAUUGAGUUACAGUGCAAGGAAGUAAAAUAAUGUAUAAAGGCAUGUGGUGGUAUUGAGACAGAGGAGAAAAUGGAAAAAAAAAAAGAACUGAUAGUUAAAAUAAGUAUUUCCAGCUAUUGUUUUCCAGUCUAACAGUACACUAUGCAUUUUAUUCUACAGAAGCAUCUAGGUAGUUUUCUUGCAACCAGUUUCAUAGCUUAGUUGUUCAAUUUACCAGAUCUAUAAUACCUGUUUAUAGUUCUGGGGUAAUGGUUUUAUAUCUCUGCAUAGCUAACAAAUCUUGUCCUAGUAGAUAUUGGCGACCAUGUAAGUGCUAAUUCAUAACUUGUACUCGUAAGCAGCAGGCUAAGUCUCCUUGGGGAGACAAUCAUGAUGUCAUUACAUUUUAAGAAAUGGCUCUAUAUUGCAUUUACAUUUUGCUUUUCCAAAUAGUGUUAUUGUGUGGUUUAAAAAAUGUUAACUUUUUUCUUUUCUUUUUUUUUUUUGUAGGAUUACAGACCGUCAAUGUGGAUGAAAACUAAAUUGCUUUUUGCUGUUAUAAUAAAAUAUUAAAACAGAGUAAUUGUGUUUUUUUUUAAUAUUCAAUGUAAAUUUGUGUCUGCACUGCAUUUAGUACUGCAAAUUUUUGGUAACCUUUGUUCCUUCUAAACGUAGAGCUAAAUUCUGCAUUAUAAUGACCCAUGUUUUCUUUUUAUCAAAAAGGGUCUGUUUGCUAAACUCAGAAUUGUGGAGUAUAGACACAACUAUAGAUUUAAAGCCAAAGUUGAAAAUUAUUUGGUUUGUAGUUUUUUUUCCUAAAUCCAUUUUUGUAUGAAGUUGACAUUUUCAGUAUACAUAUUCCUGAGUUGUUUAGUAAAUAACCAGUGUGCAGCUACCAGUUUUAAAAUGUACCAAUCUUAGUUUUAAACAAUAUUAGGGGACCCAGAAUGUAGUGCUGUACUGCCCUAAAGCUAAAUUUGUUGUGCUGAGG